AUGGCGGCCGCAUCAUCAGCGCGUCUCCUGAUAUCGCCGGCACCAGCCGCGAUAGCGUCUUCUCGCCUCAUCCCCACCGCGACCAGCGUAAAGCUGACUCCUUUCCUCGCAUCCUCCCCAGCCACUCAGCGGCUCCUUCGCUCCGUCGCGCAGCACCUCUCCGCCAGGCACGGGGCCAAACGCAGCGGUGCGCUCACCGCGCGAUGCGAUCUCACCGGCGGCGCGGGUCUGGGCCCCGAAGAGCUCGAAGCGUUUGUAACCGCCGUCAAGUCCGUGAGCGACGCGGCUCCACACGACGUGAACUCGUUAAUGACCCUCGCUGUGGGACUCGGGUUACCAUGUAACGUCAUGGAAUGCGGCGACGCGAUUUACCUCUCGAGUCUGGCGCACGAGCACCACUUGACGGUGGCCGGCGCGGCGCUUCUGCUUCAAGUCGGCGCGUAUCUCUGGGCCACGCCGGGAGUCGCGGCGGGUUACUGGGACAUGUUCGUUCUCGCUAAGAUCGACCGUUUCUUUCGCAAAACCUACAAGCGAUCGGACCUCGUGCUCGGAAAGAAGAUCGGCGAGGGUGGUUUCGGAUCGGUGUACGUCGGUACGCUCGCGAAGGAUCCGGAUUACAAGGUGAUCGUGAAGCGCGUCACUGAGUUCGGUGACGUGGAGCUCUGGAUGAACGAGCGCGUGCGGCGCGCGUGCCCGGACGUGUGCGCGGAGUUUCUGGGCGGAUUCAUGGAGCGAGCGCCGGGGAGUAAGCGGAAGACUGGCGCGGGGAAGGAGCAAAAGGAUGCGUCCUCCACCGCGACUGACGGCGAGGUGUGGCUUGUGUGGCGAUACGAAGGCGACUCGACGUUCGCUGAUAUCCUCACGGACCGCGACUUCCCGUACAACAUCGAGCAGACGCUGUUCGGCACGCAAACGCCGGCGGCGGACGAGCCACGUGGCCCGGAGAGGGAGCUCCACGUGGCACGCGAGAUCAUGCGCCGUCUUCUCACGUCCCUGGAGAAGCUCCACAGUCAGGGCAUCGUGCAUCGCGACGUGAAGCCCGAGAACAUGAUCUACUGCAAGGAUAAAGGCGCGCUUAAGAUCAUCGAUCUCGGCGCUGCGGCGGAUCUGCGCGUUGGGAUUAACUACGACCCCGACCAGUAUCUGCUGGACCCGCGAUACGCGGCACCAGAAGAGUACAUUAUGAGCACGCAAACACCCAGCGUGCCUCCUGCCCCUGUUGCUGCCGCCCUUGCGCCAAUCCUCUGGCAGAUGAACCACCCGGAUCGCUUUGACAUGUACAGCGCUGGCCUAGUCUUCCUCCAAAUGAUCUUCCCCUCGCUCCGCUCCGACACUGGACUAGCCGCCUUCACCCGCCAGUUCAAAAAGCUCGACUACAAUCUCUCGGCCUGGCGCGAAAAGCUUGAACUUCGGGCCACGGCGGACGAUAUGCGGCGACUUGAGCUUCUAGAUGAAAAUGGCGGCCAUGGCUGGGGGUUGCUAGAGUCGAUGUUGCGGAAAGAAGGGGGAAAGAGGAUUAAUGCCAAGGCUGCGCUUGCGCACCCGUUUUUCCACACGCGGGAGGCGAGGUUGAUCAAGGAGAUUCGGAACGGGCUGUUUGUGCCCAAGCCUGCGCAUUUUGAGGGGGAUGAGCCGCAGGUCUGGGUGACGGACCUGAUGGCUAGGUCCGGCACGCAGGAGGCUGGGGGGUUCACGGAAGUUUCGCUCCAGAUGUUCAAGAGGAACGAGCGGCGGCAGCAGAGGAAGCACAGGAAGCGCACAGACCCGUCCCCGCCAUUGGCCACGACAGAGGGCUCUGCGAGCACUGGGCAGCGCGACAACUCGUGGUGGAACGUGCUUGAACCGCCGAGGUGA